AUGUCAACUCCUCAAGCACAAGUGUCUGAGAAGACGCUCCCUGUGAUCAUUCUUGAGAAGGUUAUUAGGCUUGCGAGGUAUUUUUAUCAACAGCUUGAUAUAACCCUUCCAAUGGCAAGAGCAACAGGAAUGGUUUACUUUAACAACUUCUAUCAGAACAGAAAAAGUGAUGAACCACAGUAUGCUAAAUAUGCUGUCGCAGCACUAUAUUUAGCCACCAAAAUGUGCGAAUGUCCUCGAUCAUUAACAAAUUUCGUUAAAAUUGUUUACGAAACUAUAACUGAUCCGAGCCAAGCACAUAUAUUUUCUGGUCUUGAUGGUAUAUCACCUCCUAAAGAUGAAGAAGAUUAUGUCGGAGACCUGUAUAAAAGUUUAAUUAACGCAGAAAUGGAUAUCAUCACACAUUUUCACUUUAACUUCGAAGUCAAGCUUCCUUAUACAUACUGCGAACACUACAUAUCCAAAAUUCUCUCCUGGCAUUUAGAGCCAGAUUCAGAAUUUUAUCAGCCACUCAAAUCAGAACUGACAUCAUAUUCAUGGAUAUUCCUGAACGAUUUACUAUUCACCCCUGAAUUUUAUAUCAAUGAUCCUGAGCUUGUUGCCUUAGUUUCUGUGAAACUUUCUUUUGAUCGAAUCCAGCUUCCAUUAAUAUCCCCAGUGUCGCAAACAUGGCAUAACGCAUUGGCUCCUGAAUACUCCGCCGACCAAUUUUCGAAGUUAUUCGACGUUGUUAAUACAUUUUUCGUUGAAAAGACUUUGGCUGCUAAUAAUCAAGUAGUAGUUCGUCGUAAAAUUCCAAUUCCUGACGAAGUAAUGACAAAUUGGAUUCGUUAUCCAUUUGAUGAAAAAUCUUUAGUUCCAUUGUGUCCUCCUCCACCAAUAAAUCAGCUAAAAGAGUUCAUUGGAGAUACUCCUUACUUUACGAACCUCGACGCCAGCCAUUUACCGAAAUACGAACCUAGAGCUAACUUUGAAUACGAAAGUUUUAUUGCGGAAGUUAAUCAGAUCAAGGAAAAGUACAAAGAUGAAUAUGCCAAUGACGAAUGGUUCGCUCCGAAGAAGAAAAACAAAAAGAAAAAGAAGAAAAAUAAAAAUAAGCAGAAAGCGGAUGACAUGAUGCUUGAUCCAAGAGAAAGAAGUCCUCCAAGAGAUUACAGAGAACCUUAUUAUGACGAUAGACCUCCUUAUCCAAGAGAUCGAAGACCUCCACCUUAUUACGAUGACAGACCGCCUUAUCCAAGAGAUAUGCCUUACAGAGACCCUAGGGAUAGAGAUUACCCACCGGAACCUAGACGUCCUCCUUAUUAUUACGAUAGAUAUUACGAUGAUCCUUAUUAUAGAGGCAGACCUCCACCGCCGCCACCACCUCCUCCUCCACCACCUGCUUAUAGGGAGAGGAUGCCUCCAAUGUACAGAGAUUAUCCUCCUCGAGAUCCUUACUACAAUGUGCCUCCGCCACCUCCUCGUUACCCAGAUAACAGAGAUAGAUGGGGUGAUCCUAUGUAUAGGCCUUAUUAA